AAGCGACACGUGACAUCCGCUUGAUCCGCCACGUAUGUGGAGUGUAAUCGAUAGUUUUUAGUAGUUUAGUCUUUCCUAAUUUCUUAUAGUAUUUAGCUUCUUUAUGCAUUGGAAGCAUAUUAAUUUGCAGCUUACUAUUGAAAAAAUCAUUCCUGUGCGCAUUUAAAUGCAAGAAAAACUACGAGUACACAGUUAGUCAGCGGUGUCAAGUAAUCCCAGUAGCUUACAUAAUUAAGAGUCUCAACUUAAGCCAAUAUGUGGGUAGCAUAUUUAUUGGUCAUCCUAUUUCUUAUCACCAUUAGUGUAGAUUCAAAACUCAAAGAGGGUGAAUGUGAAGUGUGUAUAGCCGUAAUUGAAAAAUUUUCCAAAUCAUUGCCUGAUGAAAGUAAAAGUAACACCAAGAACAUAGAACAGGAAUUUAAAAAAUUUUGUGCACCUUCGAAGGGUAAAGAGAAUAGAUUAUGCUACUAUUUAGGGGGGCUUGAAGAAUCUGCUACUGGUAUUCUUAGUGAACUAAGCAGACCAUUAUCAUACCAUAAACCAGCUGACAAAAUUUGUGAAGAAUUGAAGAAAAAAGAUGCGCAAGUAUGUGUUUUGAGAUUUGAAAAACAAAUAGACUUAAGCACAGUAGAUCUUAAAAAACUGAAAGUAAGAGACUUAAAGAAGGUACUUAAUGAUUGGGAUGAAGUGUGCGAAGGAUGCAUAGAGAAGACUGAUUUCAUCAAGAGAAUCGAAGAGUUAAAACCUAAAUACACAAAAACAGAACUGUGAGCAUUUUCUGAGCAUCUAAGUAAAUUGAGGAAUUUUCACACUAUAUUUUUAAUACGAAGCUCAUUUUAUUACUCCAAGACAUUUUGAAGAUCUUAAUUUUCUGUUAUAUUAAUUAUUAUCAAGUUGCGUGAAGUUUAAGCUGAGUAAUAUAAUAAUCCUCAUGAGUCAUGAUACAAUAUUGUUAGCCGUUAACCUUACAAUAUUCUGACUUUUUUAUUCAAAUCAUUAAAAUUAUUAGUUUUAAGUGUCAA